AAAAUUCAGAAUGUAUAGGAAUUUCUCACGAUAUUAAUCUAAAAUAAAUUAUUACACUUGAAAAAAACAUUGAAGGUACGAGCACUCUUAUUUCACUGUAUUUAAUACAGUAUUUAAUGGUGGCACUGGACUUUUUCAAUUUAAGUACUUACAGCUGUAGCCUGUAAAGAUUUUUCAUUGUGAACCGUUCGCAAACAUCAAAUACUGUAAUUUUUAACUGAAUUAACUGAAGCGUGUACGCAAUACAAAUAUCAAAUACGACUGUGCAGUUUACACCAUUUAAAUGAUCGAACUGUUUUUUAAAACAUGGUUGUAAGUUGUAAAUUAUCCGACGUGUAUUUGUUUUUUGAAACAUGGUUGUAAGUUGUAAAUUAUCCGACGUGUAUUUACUAUUCAUACUUGUAAUGAAACUAUUCCUAACUUCCUGUCAAUGUCUUUAUUAAUUUAAAUAUUUAAUUGGAUUGAAUUGUUUCCAUCAAUAAUUACUCUUAAAUUCCAUGCUCAGCGCUGUAGGCUGUACUCUGCAUUUUAAUUGGCUGCAAUCCUUGCCAAAAAAAUUAUACCCACCCACGUGCAAUUUCGCACGUCUUAACGGAGCCGAGCGUCACGUGGUGCGGCUGCAAGCGUAAAAUUACACGCGCCAUACAAAAAUAACGCCAGUGUCGCAAAUUUUCCCCCGAAGAAAGACAAAGCAGGCGCCGUUAAGCAUCAUCGGACGGUUUGUUUCCCGGAUCUUUCCACCGUUCGUUGGCCACUCUCCAUCAUUUGCAUCUGUACAAAUCGAAAUUUACCAGUUAAAAAUAUCGCCAAUCAUUUGCAGCCGAUUUGCUAUUCGUAUCUUAUCAAAGCACCUGUCAAAGCGUUGAGGAUUUUGAUUUCUCCCGAGUGCUUAGUAGAGAGCUGCGAGUCGGUGAUUUCUCGUUGGCUUGAACAGUCGCGUUCAGUUUUAUGAGUGUUGAUUCUGUGGAACUGCGCCGUGUGUUGUGAAGUCUUCUCCAUGGCUAUCGACGAGCGACCAAAAACGGGGUACACCUACGCGAUGGGGCUGGGUUACCGACGCGACGGCAUCCACAAUCCCGAAAUGCCUAACAUGUGUCGUUACAGUUUGGAUUAUUACGCACAAGGAACAGCAUCAUCGUCUGCCGCUGCAUCAACAUCCGCGGCAUCGUCUUCCUCACAGGUGGUCUCACAGCGGCGCCAAAUCACUUCGUCUGCCGCGGAUCGCUCCUAUGCCUACGAUCAUGAUGACGGGGAGGAGAAUUUUAUUCAACAGCGACGAAGUUUCCGUCAGUCUUCCGCGCGACCAGAACCAAGCUCUCCGAUGUUUAUGAGUGGCUUGCAUGCCGUUAGCAAUUUCAUUAAGCGGAGCGUACGCGUGGUGACGUCCACCACUACCACGACUAACCACUUGAACCAUGCUACGGAUGAGGAAGACAGCGACGUCAACACCAGCCGAACACUUGUUAAUGGCCGCAUCACUCCCGAAUCUCGGUCUGGAUCUGGAACAGAAUUUUCGGAUUUGAAGAACAGUUCCGGUCGUUCGGGGGCGUACUCGGCGUCCCGUGGUGAUCAGACAUCCUUAUCAGCUACCAGUUCAAUGCGCCGGGAGCAGGGUUACAUUCGCAAGCCCGAUGCGGUUGGCAAUGGCGUCUAUUACAACGGCCAUCAUAGUUUCUCGCAUCCCCUGGAAAGAUCCACUCGCACCGCUUCCACUGCCCAGUCUGUAUUUGAUACGGUGCGUCAGCGGUUUAUUGACGUCGUGACAAAGACCACCACAACCGUGACCAAUAUCUUCAACCAAACGGAUGACAAUACUACUGGAGAACAUCGUAAUCUGACGGAGAAGCGGCCCCGUCGAUCUCGUUGGGCGCUAUGCUGUUGGUGUUUGCCACUGCUCCUUUUGCCACUCUUAUUAGGUUUAUUGCCGGCAUUUUGGCGCUCGGCGGAAACAGGUGCUGGCAGCAACACGACUGUGAUAGAUCGGUUUUAUGGUGGAUUAUGGCCGGCUUUAUGGGGAAUGGGCCGCGACGCCACGGUGGUGCAUUAUCACUUCAACGGCACGAAUCUCACAAGGCAGGAACUGGAAGAAAUUAUUCAGUGGAAAUUUAAUCAGCUUCCGGUGGCUAAAAACUGCUGUGAUGAUCUCGAACACAUCCGAUCUCAAACGAAGUUGCUGGUAGACAGAAUUAAUGAUCUCAGCAAAACUUCAAGCGAGCGCGAAACACAUCGCUUGAACGAUGAAGUACGAAAUCGCCAGUCGCUCGAAUGGAUGCGGCAGUCGUUAGAAAAGCUGCGAUUAUUCGUGAUCAAACUGGAGGAAGACGCGAAGACGCCUCGAGAGGAAUACGUACCUAAAGUGGUUCAGGAACGAGAACGGUUCACGUUGGACGAUGUCCGGAUUUUGAUUGCGCAGAUGAUCAAGCGCUAUGAUGAGGAUAAGAUCGGCGAACCGGAUCACGCUCUGGAAUCAGCUGGCGGCACAGUGAUUAGUACACGCUGCACGGAGGAUUACAAGUGGGGACAUGCACAGUUCAGUUUAUUUGGCAUCCCUUUGUGGACAUGGACCACGUCGCCCCGCUUGGCUAUUCAGGAUGAUAUCCGUCCUGGUCAGUGUUGGGCCUUCAAAAAUCAUACCGGCUUUCUUGUCCUGAAGCUGGCUGGUCUCGUCCGUCCUACGAGUUUUACGAUUGAUCAUCUUCCCCGAAAUCUGUCUCCCACCGGCAAGAUUGACAGUGCACCGAGGAAUUUUCGAGUAUUGGGUCUCUUGUCGGAACAAGGUCCUCCAGUUCUCCUGGGAGAAUACGAGUACCUGGACAAUGAUGAAUCCCUGCAGAAUUUUCAGAUUCAGACAAAACUGGAACCGACCCAAUCGUUUGGCUAUAUUGAACUGGACAUCACUUCCAACCACGGGAAUCGGGAUUACACAUGCCUGUACCGCUUCCGGGUGCAUGGCGUGAUGAUGCAGCGUGGGAAUUUUUGAUUCGACGAAUCGACAUGAAUACCGUAGUCCUAUUUGCCACUUGGAAUGAAUUCUGGUCAUGAAUCUGUUUGAAAAUUAUGCCAAAGUAUGCCUUUAUGCGGGAGGGAUGCGUAUGCGUUGUACCUGAUGGUGCUCUUUUUGUUCGCUACUGAAUCGCGUUAUUUGCGUUAAACGGGGGGGGGAGCAUGUGUCUGAGACGAGCUUGUUUUCCAAUUGAUCUCCGGUUAUGAAUGGAUUUGUACAGAACCAAUGAAGCGGAUUUUAUGCAUUUAACAGUUUUCGCCGAUUGCUUUUGAUUGUGUGAAUUUUACUGGUAGCUUCUUGAUGGUUUGAUCUGAACGUUUUUAUUAAAGAGAAAGG